UGAAACAUUUGUUUCCCAAAUGCUAAAAGGAGAAAAUCUAUCCAAGAAAGCAAAAGAAAAAAGGGAACUUCUUCUUAAGAAGAUAAAGGAUGUUAAGGCAAGUUACUCUCGGGAGUUCCCGGAGGAAGAACUGGAAGAUGAGGACAAGUCUGAGAACUCUCUUUCUUCACCUCUUGAUAGUAUCUCAAUAGCAUCUGACCGAUAUGAUAAAGAGGAUGAAGCACCUUCUGAUGGGAAUCAGUUUCCUCCUGUUGCAGCUCAGGAUCUUCAGUUUGUUCUGAAGGCUGGAUACUUGGAAAAACGUAGAAAAGAUCACAGUUUUCUUGGCUUUGAAUGGCAGAAGCGUUGGUGUGCUAUCAGUAAGACGAUCUUCUACUAUUAUGGAAGUGACAAAGACAAACAACAGAAAGGUGAAUUUGCCUUAGAGGGCUACACCAUCAGAAUGAAUAAUAGCCUUCGGAAGGAUGCAAAGAAAGAUUGCUGUUUUGAAAUCUCUGCUCCUGAUAAGCGCAUUUAUCAGUUUACAGCUGCCACUCCCAAAGAAGCAGAGGAAUGGGUACAGCAAGUCAAAUUUGUAAUUCAAGAUACAGGAUCUAAUACUAUUCCCGAGGAGGAGGAAGAGGAAUACGAUGAUGUUGGACAAGUGAACAGUGAACCGACAGAUGAUAGCAUUUAUGAAGAAGUUAAAGAACAGGUUCCUUCAAAGGCUGAAGUGCCAAGAAAAGAGAGCCAGGAGGAUGUUAGCACUGAUUCAGAUAGCGAAAAUAUCGAUUAUGCCAAUUUCUAUCUGGGUUUGUGGGACUGCACAGCAGAUGUACCUGAUGAGUUGACAUUUAAACGAGGUGACGUUAUCUACAUUCUCAGCAAGGAGUACGAUGAAUAUGGCUGGUGGGUAGGAGAAAUGAAGGGAACCGUUGGCUUGGUGCCUAAAGCCUACAUAAUGGAGAUGUAUGAUAUUUGAGAGGCCUGGAUACUUCUGCAGAGUCAAAUCUGGAUACCGUGGAAUUCUGAUACAAGUUGCGCAACAAAUCUUCAAUGCUACGUGGAUUAGUACCUGCGGUCUCGCUGUCAAAUCCAGAAUGUUGUGGCUGAAAACAUCGGUUGAAACAAAAAACUACGCUAAAAUACUACCACUUACGGACAAGGGGUUGGGCAAGUCAGAGUUAAUACUUUAAAUACUCUUGUUUUGGAGCCGUGCUUUGCCAUUAGCAUGCAAGAUCAACUUUUUUGAAGCUUUCCACACAGUUGAUUUGUGCGACCCUUAAUCUGCCAAGGAGGCUGAUCAGGCCAAUGUGCGAGUUGCUGAGCCUGUGCAGGUCCCUGUGUAGUUGCUUGUGCUGUUUACGCUUCAGGCGGACCCUGGGAACAGUGUGGGUUAAAAGGUAACGUUAGCCUGAACUCAGAAUUCGGAUCCUUUCAGUAAACUGAGAUGUUAUGCUUUGUGUUGGGUAAUGUAUGGUCCUUGCUGGUACACUGGAUUCUAAUAGACGUCAAACGGGGUACGGAGUUUUGUUUCAAUUUUUUAAAAAGAGAUAGUCAUUGAAAUGGAUUCUGUGCGUUAUCAGCAAAGCAUUAAAAUGAUAGAUUAUAGUCUU